AUGGGAGGAGGAGGAGUCAUGAGAGCAGCGGUCAAGGUGGUCGGAACUGGAGUGGCCAACGCCGGAAUCCGCCGGGGAAUCUCUGGUGGAACACCGCCGGUGGAGCAGUCGAUGCGCAACGCAUCCAGUCCAGUUUCGGCGAUCAUGUCGUCGAAGGCGAGUGGAGGGGAGGUCGCGGCGGGGAUGCAGAGCCCUGCAUGGGAGGUGGAUGAGUGGGAGUUAGCUGGUGGCGUUGAGGAGGAGAUGGUUGUGGAUUCGGCUGAGCCGGUGGCUAGAGUUGUUUUCUGGGGUGCCCCGCCGAGUUUGCAGGAGGCUAAGGCGGCUACUUGUGAAUUGAAAGAUGCUUUGCAAAAAGUAUAUCUGUCGUCUCCUAACUUGGGAACUGGCAGUUCACUUGGAGGUAGUCAGCUGUCUGGCCACCCGCUUACAAACUCUGACUUUUUAGAAACUAAAGGUUGUAUUAGCUGUGAUCCAAAUCGAGCUCCUGUGCCAAAAUAUGCUAUGCAGGCAUUUUCAUUGCUUAAUGAAAGUCCUAAAAUUCAGACUGUGGUUGCUGCCCUUGCCUCUGAUCCAAAUGUCUGGAAUGCAGUUUGGGAAAACGAAGCCCUUCAGGAAUUGCUCCAGUCACAGAAUACGAGUAAGGAAUAUGUUGCAGAUAAUGAGUCUGUUGGAGAUACUGACUCUCAGGAUGCAUCUUCAAAGAAGCUCACAGAAUUAUCUGAUGAUGAAAGUGAAACUGGAAACUCUCAAACUGGGCUCAUGGAUGUCAUCAAUAAAGUUAAGCUCACUGUGGUUGACAUGGUGACAAAUGUAUCUGCUUACUUCCAGAAGAUUUUUAGCUUUUCAUCCGCAGAGCACACACCCGAUGCCGCAGAUGAAAAUGCCGGAUUAUCUACCACUGAGAAGACCCUGGGAGCCUCUCUCAUGGCUUUGGCAGUGAUGGUCAUAAUGGUGGUUGUGCUGAGGCGCCCUUAAAACUCUAUUCACUGGCAAGCCAACCUGUAAAUUUGCCGAGUCUACAUGCAACUUUAUCUGUGCUUUUGGAUGGUUGAAUGGAUGAUGGGAUUGAUGCUGAAAAAAGUUUAAAGCUGUAACAUUUUAGCUUGACUCCUUACCUAAGUAAUGAUCUAUGUGCAGUUUUUAAUUUGUUUUAAUUAUCCAUCUAUGAGAGUAACUCCAUUAUUUUUCCAGGUCUCAUCUAAUUCUGAUUGAGCCCUAAUGUCCUGGCAAGCCAUCUAUGAGAUUCGAUUUCUUA